AUGGGCAACACUACUUGUCGCAUUAACAGUGGUCCAGGUGGAAUAGAGGUUAAGUUAUAUGAUUUAAUAACCGGACAAGAUAGAUAUGUACAACCUGGAGAUAUGAUUGAAUUUCCAAGAGGAAAUUACAAUCACUGGGCAGUAUAUGUUGGAAAUGGCAACGUUAUUCAUCUGUGGAUCGAAGGUGACGAUAAAAGUAAUAAUGCUGAAGUAAUGGAAAGUAAAUUUGAAGUUGUGGUUCAAGGUAGUCCAGCAAGAAUUAAUAAUUAUCCUGAUUGCUUUGGAUCGAGACCAUAUGCAGCAGAUGAAAUUGUUGAACGUGCUCGUAGAGCUCUCGGAAAAAAAGGAUAUAAUCUGUUGAAAUAUAAUUGUGAACACUUCGCUACUGAAUGUCGCUAUGGACGAAGUUGGAGUCAUCAGUCUGUUGGUCCAGGUUUAUCUUUAGGUUUCUUCCAAUGA